AUGACUUUCAACGUGGUUAAUCGGAUGUUUUUAUUUGUGCCAAUUGGAAUUGGUUUGAUGGUCGGAAGUGUUCUAACAAUCGCUUAUAUGAGAUCACCAUUUUCAGCUCUUCCGGUAGAGAAAUUUCAAGAAAUAAGCGACUUUGAAUGGGCACAAGUUGAAAAUAAUGACUUACAACGCGGAAUAAAGAUUAUACCUGAAUUAAUAGGACCAGAGUCAAUCGCAGUGGAUGAGCAUGAUAACCUAUACACUGGACUCAAAGAUGGCAGGAUAAUAGAAAUCAUAAAUCCCGGGAAAGCAAACCAAACAGUCAUCGAAUUGACAAAAUCAUUUGACUUUGCAGAAGGAAGCAAAAGAAAAGAAAAGCGCCCUCUUGGUCUUCGUCUCCAUGGCGCAAAGUUGUAUUUUGCAGAUGCCUAUCAAGGAGUCAUUAUGAUCGACUUGGAAACUAAAAUUAUGACAUCAUAGUAAACUAUAAUGACGUCAGUCCGCCCCAUGUUGUUCCCAGAUGAUUUGGUUUUGACGUCUGAUGGAAAAACAAAUAUAUUUCACUGAUAUGAGUUUGAAGUGGAAUUACGACGACGUUGCCUUUCCUAGUAUUGAAGGUGAUUGCACCGGAAGAUUAUUUAAAGUUGAUGUUUUAACCAAAAACACCGAACUCAUUCUGGAUAGUUUG